UAACCGUUCCGGUUGCCUAGAAACUUACCAAGACAUCGCAAACUCAAAAGAUGGAGCACAACACAACACCCUAGAACAGUAGUGUGAUAUGUAGCUCAAUAGGUUGGUUGGUUGUGUAUCACAAGAGCAGGGGUAGAGACACAGAGAGCUAAAAGAACAUUAUUGGACGCGAGGGAGCAGAGUAGAACUGUAGAAGGGAGUGGUGUACGUGCGCUAGACUGCCAGUGGCAGCUGCUGCAAGCUAGCUAAGGUGAAGGAUGGAUAUCGAGUCGAGGCAAGUUUCCAAAGGGGACGCCAUAGCUGCUGCUGUCUCUGUUGACUGGAAGGGAAGGCCCUGCGACCCCCUCAAGCACGGCGGCAUGAAAGCCGCGGUCUUCGUCCUAGGGAUCCAGGCGUUCGAAAUGAUGGCGGUUGCGGCGGUGGGGAACAACCUGAUCACGUACGUGUUCGGGGAGAUGCAUUUCCCGCUGUCGCAGGCGGCGAACAUCGUGACCAACUUCAUCGGCACCGUCUUCCUCAUCUCCCUCCUUGGUGGCUUCCUCUCCGACUCCUACCUGGGCAGCUUCUGGACCAUGCUCAUCUUUGGAUUCGUCGAGCUCUCGGGUUUCAUCCUACUGGCGGUUCAGGCGCACCUGCCGCAGCUUCGACCGCCGCCAUGCGACAUGAUGGCGCCGGGGCAGGCGUGCGAGGAGGCGAGAGGCUUGAAGGCCAGCAUCUUCUUCGCGGCGCUCUACCUUGUGGCGCUAGGCAGCGGCUGCCUCAAGCCUAACAUCAUCGCGCACGGGGCCGACCAGUUCCGGCGGGGCAGCGGCAGCGACGCCGCCCGCCGGCUGUCGAGCUACUUCAAUGCAGCCUACUUGAGCUUCUGCGUGGGCGAGCUGGUGGCGCUCACCGUGCUCGUCUGGGUGCAGACCCGCUCCGGGAUGGACGUCGGAUUUGGGGUCUCGGCCGCCGCCAUGGCCGUCGGCCUGCUCAGCCUCGUCGCUGGCGUUGCCUUCUACCGCAACAAGCCGCCACAGGGCAGCAUCUUCACUCCCAUAGCUAAGGUAUUUGUCGCCGCAGUGAGCAAGAGGAAGCAAGUGUGCCCGUCGACGGCCUCCACGCAGGCGGUCGCAGGUUCUACCGUCCAUGAGAUGUCCGUUAACACCACAGACAUUUGCCACAUCAACAAGUUCAGGUUUUUGGACAAGGCAUGCAUGAAGGCGCAGGACGGCCCCGGCGGAUCGUCGGCGGGGAAGAAGAGCCCGUGGAUUAUGUGCACGCCAGCAGAAGUGGAGCAGGUGAAGCUGCUGCUGUGCGUGGUGCCCAUCUUCGCGUGCACCAUCAUCUUCAACACCAUCCUAGCGCAGCUGCAGACCUUCUCCGUGCAGCAGGGAAGCGCCAUGGACACCCGCCUGGCCGCCUCCUUCCACGUCCCGCCGGCCUCGCUGCAGGCGAUCCCCUACAUCAUGCUCGUCGCGCUCGUCCCGGCCUACGAGGCCGCCUUCGUGCCGGCCAUGCGCCGCCUCACGGGCGUCCCCACGGGGAUCACGCCGCUCCAGCGCAUCGGCGUCGGCCUCUUCGCCGUCACCUUCUCCAUGGUCGCCGCCGCGCUCGUCGAGGCCCGGCGCCGCCACGCCGCUGCCACGGACGGCGGCCGCCUCCUCUCCAUCUUGUGGAUCGCGCCGCAGUUCCUGGUGUUCGGGCUCUCGGAGAUGUUCACCGCCGUGGGGCUCAUCGAGUUCUUCUACAGGCAGUCGCUCGCCGGCAUGCAGGCCUUCCUGACCUCCAUGACCUACUGCUCCUACUCGUUCGGCUUCUACCUCAGCUCCGUGCUCGUGUCGCUCGUCAACAGGCUCACCAGUAGCUCCAGCUCCACGGCAGGCAAUGGCAAUGGCGGCUGGCUUGCCAACAACGACCUCAACAAGGACAGGCUCGACCUCUUCUACUGCCUCCUCGCGGCACUCAGCAUGCUUAACUUCUUCAACUACCUCUUCUGGGCACGGUGGUACUCCAAGAGCGUAGAGACGCUGCAAGUGCAAGUCGUCGGAGUCGGAAGCGGCGGCGGUGAGCAGCAGGGUGACGAAAUGACACCCCUGAGUGCUGAGAUUAAUAUGACUGGGUCCUUGAAAACAAGUUCAGCCAAUUAAUCAACUAAACUAGCGUACGUCAAGUGUAGGUAUCUUGUCUGCUUUCAUGGUUUUUCUUCAUUCGCAACUAUCUUAGAACAUAUGUGUGUGUGAGGGUUAGAUUAAUCUCACAAAGCGAUAGAUAGCUGAUCACAAUUAACGACCUUGGCCGGGCCAAGUUAAUUUAAGGGUGUGUAGUUAUGUAAAUUCAACUCAUGUAUGGAUGCAUGAGUAGAAGUGGUUUGGGUAGCUGAACCUAUAUAUUAGUCCCCUUACACGCGGGUUGAGCUAAUACUAUGUAUAUGUAGUUGUGUGUAAAUGCAAAUGAUGUAUUAUCUAUUUAUUUAUCUUACUAUUUCGACAACAAAA